AUGUGUUUUCCACUUUCCACCUUAUCCAACUCUGUAGAAGGCAUAUGCUCUUUCAUUGAUUCCUCUGGUUUCUCUACCACCCAGACGGCCAGACCCAGGGAUGCGCAGAGGAAUAGCCCAGCAAAACCAAAAGCCCCGUCGGAAUUCCAUUUGCUUCUGUACAUUUCUCGCGCAGACAAUAGCAUAGAUAAUCAGAGAGACGCGCAGAGAAAGUCGGAACCACCACCAUUGAUGGCUUGUGCAACAACAAGACCCGCCUUCUCCUUCCACCCCUCUUCUUCCCUGUCUCAACCGUCUCUCCAAAAACCAAAACCCCAUCUCACGAUUCCUCCUCUCAUCCCCAAAACCCACCCAAUUUCAGCCAUUCUCAGACGCCCAAAAACCCAAUUCACUUCGAAGUCCAUUGAUGUCUCCAAAGAAGACAAACCCGUUUCAGGACAACCCGAUUCCCCCACAACACCCUCAACCGAUUCACCUCCAAUCCCAGUAGAGCCUGAAAAUUUCGACAAACGCCGCCUCGAGGAGAAGUUUGCGGUACUGAACACCGGAAUUUACGAAUGCCGUUCUUGUGGGUUCCGCUAUGACGAGGCCGCCGGAGACCCAUCGUAUCCGAUCCCACCGGGGCUGGAAUUUGACAAAUUGCCAGAGGAUUGGCGGUGCCCCACAUGCGGGGCGGCGAAGUCGUUCUUCGAAAGCAAGAGUGUGGAGAUUGCUGGGUUUGCUCAGAACCAACAAUUCGGAUUGGGUGGUAAUGCACUUACCUCUGGCCAGAAGGCUCUGCUUAUUUAUGGUAGCUUGCUCUUCUUCUUUGCGUUGUUCUUAUCUGGGUACUUUCUGCAAUAGCGGAGUGAAAUGAAUGGAUAAAUAUAUGGUUUUCAUAUAGCCUUUUGUUUUAUGAAAUUGGCUUGUGUGUAUUGUAAGUGUAUUUUUUUAAUAUCUAAAGUAGAAAAUUUUGGUGAA